GCGCAGCCCAGCGCAGCGGGCGAUGGAGGCCGCGCCGGCAGAGCCGGGUCCCGCCGCGCCGCCGCCGCCGCCCCCGGAGAGGAAGAAGAAGCCGCAGCGGGCGCCGUCGCCCGCCCGGCCCAAGGAGGUGCCCGGCUGGUCGCUGGCCAAGAGCCGGCGCGGCGGCGGCGGGGGACACCCGGGCGCGGCCCCGCGGCUGGCGGCGAGCGGCGCGCACCCGCACCCGCACCCGCACCCGCACCCGCACCCGCGGCGGCCGGGCGGCGGCAAGGACGGGCGGAGCGACAAGCGGGGCCCGGCGGGGAGCCGGGCCGGCGGCAAGGGGCCGGCGGGGCGCGGGGCGGCGCGGCCCAAGGGCCGGCGGCACGGAGCCGACACGGCGGCCCCCGCGGCCAGAAGGACGGGGCCGGGUCCCCGCUCGGUGCCCGGGCCCGCGGCGGGGGCCGGGCUGACCGACAGCAGCUCGGAGGUGUCGGACUGCAGCGCCUCGGAGGAGGCGAAGCUGAUGUCGCUGGAGCUGGGGCUGAGCGGCAGCGAUGGCGAGUCCCCGGGCAGCGCCCCGCCGCCGCCGCCCUCGGCCGGAGAGGCGUCGCCGCUGCCCGAGGAGCCCUCGGCCGCCUCGGUGGCCAGCAGCCGCCUGCAGCUCAGCACCUCGCUCGCCUUCUCCGACCUCACCGAGGAGCUGCUGGACGCCGGCACCGACGGGCUGCUCCGCGAGCUGGAGGACCUGCGCUCCGAGAACGACUAUCUCAAGGACGAGAUCGAGGAGCUGCGUGCCGAGAUGCUGGAGAUGCGGGACGUGUACAUGGAGGAGGACGUGUACCAGCUGCAGGAGCUGCGGCAGCAGCUGGACCAGGCCAGCAAGACGUGCCGCAUCCUGCAGUACCGGCUGCGCAAGGCCGAGCGCCGCAGCCUGCGCGUGGCGCAGACCGGCCAGGUGGACGGGGAGCUCAUCCACAGCCUCGAGCAGGACGUCAAGGUGGCCAAGGACGUCUCUGUGCGGCUCCACAACGAGCUGGAGGUGGUGGAGAAGAAGAGGAUCCGGCUGGAGGAGGAGAACGAGGAGCUGCGCCAGCGGCUGAUCGAGACCGAGCUGGCCAAGCAGGUGGUGCAGAACGAGAUGGACAAGCUCCGAGAGAACUCCCUGAAGAAGCGGGGGUCUCGCUCCAUGGGCAAGACUGAGAAGAAGCCAUCAGUGCAGGAGGACAGCGCAGACCUGAAGUGCCAGCUGCAUUUUGCCAAGGAGGAGUCAGCCCUGAUGUGCAAGAAGCUGACCAAGCUGGCCAAGGAGAACGAUGGCAUGAAGGAGGAGCUGCUGAAGUACAGGUCCCUGUACGGGGACCUUGACAGCUCGCUCUCCGUGGAGGAGCUGGCUGACUCUCCCCAUUCCCGGGAGGCUGAGCUGAAGGUCCACCUCAAGCUGGUGGAGGAGGAAGCCAACAUCCUGAGCCGGAGGAUCGUGGAGCUGGAGGUGGAGAACCGCGGGCUGCGGGCGGAGAUGGACGACAUGAAGGGCCAGGGGGACAGGGAGCUGCCGGGGCAGGACUCGCGGUUCCUGCUGGGCGCCUCCAGCUGCGGGGACGCGGGGGACACGGUGGCCGAGCUGCGCCGGCACCUGCAGUUCGUGGAGGAGGAGGCCGAGCUGCUGAGGCGCUCGCUGCUGGAGCUGGAGGAGCAGAACAAGCUGCUCCUGAGCGAGCUGACCAAGUACAAGUCGGAGCACGAGCUGGACGUGACGCUGUCCGAGGACAGCUGCUCGGUGGUCAGCGAGCCCUCGCAGGAGGAGCUGGCCACGGCCAAGGUGCAGAUCAGCGAGCUCAGCGGCAAGGUGAAGAAGCUGCAGUACGAGAACAGGGUGCUGCUGUCCAACCUGCAGCGCUGCGACCUGGCCUCCUGCCAGAGCACCCGGCCCAUGCUGGAGACCGACGCCGAGGCCGGCGACUCGGCGCAGUGCGUGCCCCCCGCCGGCUGGAGGGACGGCGAGGCCGACGGGCAGGACAGGGCGCUGGGCACUGGCAAGGCACCUGAUGGCCCUGCCAAGCUGCUCAAGCCCAAGGACCUGGAGACCUUGCUGGGCAUCCGGGACCAGGCAACACUGGUCAGCAAAGCCAUCGAUGUCCUGAUUUCGGAUGCCAACGGGUUCACCUCGGGGCUGAGGGCUUGCUUGGACAAUGAGUGUGCGGGGGUGCUGCUGGGCGAGGCGGUGGGCAGCGCUGCCGACAGCCCCAGCGACGCCAAGCUGAUGAACGUGCUGCUGAUGCGGCUGGGCGUGCUCCAGCAGGACCUGGGCUGCUUUGUGAGGAAGGUGGAUCACCUCACCGGCGGCUUCAAGGAGCACAUGGACUCGUUCCCCUUCUCCAGCCCCGGCAGCCACGACAUCACCAAAGAGGGGCUGCAGAAGGAGCACGCCUCCGAUUUCCAGCAGCCUGAUUUUAGGGACGCCGACCCUUUCCGCAUGCCCCUCACCAAGGACAUGGACCCCGCCCAUCCCCGGAGCUACAAAACCUGCCGGGCUGAGGAGAACGACUCCUACGCCACCGAGAUGAAGGAGCUGCAGCUGGUGCUGUCGGAGGCCAACGAGAGCCUGCGGGGGCUGCAGGAGCAGCUCUCACAGGAGAGGCAGCUGAGGAAGGACGAGGUGGAAAAUUUCUCACAGAAGAUCUGCCAGCUGAAGGAGGACCACCAGAAAGCACUGCUGCGACGGGAGUUUGAGCUGCAGAGCCUGAACCUGCAGAGGCGGCUGGAGCAGAAGUUCUGGAGCCAGGAGAAGAACCUGCUGGUGCAGGAGUCACAGCAGUUCAGGCAGAGCUUCCUCCUGCUCUUCAUGAAGCUCAAGUGGUUCCUCAAACGCUGGCGCCAGGGCAAGGUGGUGCACAGUGAGGGCGAGGACUUUUUGGAGGUGAACAGCAUGAAGGAGCUGUACCUGCUGCUGGAAGAGGAGGAGUUAGCCCCACAGCAGCAGGCAGACAACAAGAUGUGUGCUGGGGACAGCUGGACCCCCAACACGCCCAACGAGUGCAUCAAGACUCUGGCAGACAUGAAGGUGACCCUGAAGGAGCUGUGCACGGAGCUGCGGGAGGAGCGGCGCGGUGCUGGCGAGCUGCAGCAGCAGUUCACCAAGGCCAAGGCUGCCUGGGAGAUGGAGCGUGCUGAGCUCAAGUGCCACAUCGCCCAGCUGGAGUCAAAGGCAGGCAAAGGGAUCACAGAGCGUGCACUGCCAGACUGGAAGGUGGCACUGAAGAGGGAGCGAGAGGAGCACCAGCAUCUCCUGGCAGAGUCCUACAGCGCUGUCAUGGACCUCACCAAGCAGCUGCAGAUCAGCGAGAAGAACUGGAACCAGGAGAAGGUGGAGCUGCUGGCUCGCUUCAAGGAGGAGCAGCAGCAGGCAGAGCAGCAAGCAAAGGACCUGCAGAACAAACUCAACCAGUUGCAGAAAGGAUCCAAUCCAUGGGCAUUGAAGCACUCUGAAAUGGAGAAGCAUGGCAGCAACUGGAAAGAGGCUCUCAAUGAGAAAAUCACAGACAAGGAGACAAUCUCUGAAGCAAAAGCCAAGGGAACCAACCUCAAAAGGACCAAGUCUGUUUCCUCCAUGUCAGAGUUUGAAAGCUUGCUCGACUGUUCUCCCUACCUCCCUGGAAAGAAUGUGCCAGGGCUGGGUGACCAUGCCCGGGGUAAAAAGGCAUCCUCAGCCACACAGAUGCUGCCCAACGGGAUCCGGGACAGCACCAGCCUUCCUCCUUCAAACUGUACAUAUGUGAAUAUCGAACAACCUGCCCCUGACAGCCUGGCCAAGGAGAAGCUGGACAUCUCCUCCUGGGACUACUCACAGGCAAGCAGCCUCUCGGGGCACGACCCAGCUCAGAAGCAAAUCCAGAGGAGCUACACGGCGCCCGACAAGACGGGGAUCCGCAUCUACUACAGCCCGCCGGUGGCGCGGCGGCUGGAGGCGCCGCUGGUGCACAACAAGGAGGGCAAGAUCAUGAUCGAGCCCGGCUUCUUGUUCACCAUGGCCAAGCCCAAGGAGCCGGAGCAGUCGGCCAGCGCCGAGGGCACCUACAGCCAGUGGCUGUGCAACUUCUCCAAGCAGCAGCAGGAGCUGCUGGACGGCGGCGCGGGGGACGGCGCGGUGCCGCCGGUGCCGCGCUUCCCCCCCUCGCUGCACGAGCUGGAGAUCUCCGGCAACAUGAGCGACGACAUGAAGGAGAUCACCAACUGCGUGCGCCAGGCCAUCUGCUCCAGCUCGCUGGAGAGGAAGGUGAAGAGCACCUCCAGCCAGACGGUGGGGCUGGCCCACGUGGGCACGCAGACCAUCCAGACGGUGAGCGUGGGCCUCCAGACCGACCUGCCCCGCGGCGCCGGCGUGCACGGCAAGAGCUGGUCCCCGCGCAGCUCCUCCCUCGUGUCCGUGCGCAGCAAGCAGAUCUCCUCCUCCCUGGAUAAGGUCCACUCCAGGAUCGAGCGCCCGUGCUGCUCCCCAAAAUACGGCUCUCCAAAGCUCCAGAGGAGGUCUUCCUCCAAGCUGGACGCCUCCAAGGACAGGAGCCUGUGGAACUUGCACCAGAGCAAGCAGAACGGCUCUGCCUGGGCCCGCUCCACCACCACCCGCGACAGCCCCGUCCUCAGCAACAUCAACGACGGGCUGUCCAGCCUGUUCAGCGUGGUGGAGCACGCGGGCAGCACCGAGUCCAUCUGGAAGCCGGGCUGCCCCGAGGGCGGCCGGGCCAAGCCCGAAGCGCCCAAGUACGGCCUGGUGCAGGAGUUCUUCAGGAACGUCUGCGGGCGGGCGCAGAGCCCCACCGCGCCCCAGGAGAAGAAGGAGGCCGCUGGGGAGGAGAGCAAGAGAGCUGAGCACCCCGGCCCCGCCACCCACCACCCGGCUGAAAACUUCUCCCGCGUCUUGAACAAGAAGGUGCUCAAGCAGGGCAGCUGCGAGGACACCAAGCCCUCGUCCGCUGGCCAGGCCAGUAAGGACGUGGCCCUGCGGGACCCCGACCUCAUCUCGGCCAUAGCCAGCGAGGACACGGCGUGCGAUUGCAGCUCCCAGUCCCUCACCUCCUGCUUUGCCCGGCCUUCCCGCUCCGCGGUGCGCCACUCCCCCUCCAAGUGCAAACUGCACCCCGCGGAGCCCCCCCGGGCGGAGGAGAAGCCGGGGGCCUCGAGUGAGUGAGGACGGGGGGCCGGGGGCCGCAGCGUGCCUGCCAUCCACCGUCCUGCCGGAGGAGCGCCCGCGCUGAGCCCGCGGGGCUCGUCUGUCUCCUAAACGCCCCCUCGGCCCCGGGGACGCUUAGGAAGCAGAUGUGGAGCCGGAGGCUGCCGGGGGCCCCGGGCUGUGGGGACGCCCUUCCAGACACCGGGGGGUCCUGGCCGGUGCCACCGCGCCGGGAGUGUCACCCUGCUGUGCCGAGGGUGCUGAGAGAGGGAGAGCGGCCCGGGGGGGCCGCUGGUGCCGCGGGGAGGGCUGUGCUGAGGCGCUGUGGGUGAUGCCGGGGGCGCUGCCCGCCCUGCUGGGCCCGGUGCGGGCUGCCGGCAUUGCCGCGGGGUUGCAUCAGCCGCUGUGCUUCCCCGGCAGGAAGGAGGCGGGAGGCUCCCUGUGUCGCCCAGCUGGGCUGGCUGGGGCCCUCCCCGGCCACCCUGCUGCUCUGGGGGUGCUGCUCGGGCCCUUGGCUGCUGGCAAGGCUCUGGGUGGUGCCCAGAGCUGGGAUUGCUGGGUGCACAGUGUGGGGAGAGGCGGCCUGUGCCUCUGUGUGGGUGUGUGCACAUCCCCUGCUCCCCAGGGUGCCCCUGCCUUGCACCCACCUCCCUGCUUGGGGCCACUUGUAGUUAUUUCUCCUCCAAGUGCUGAAUAUACAUAUUUCUUUUUUUUUUUUUUUUUCUUCUUCUCUGUUUUUUUAUUCCUCCACUUCUGGCUCUGCCCAACUCCGGACAGCCUGCAAUGUAAAACCAAGUGCAUUUUAAAAAUACCGAAAUGAGCUACCUUGGAGAGGCACCAAUUGGAUUAAGAGAUUGUGGGUUGGGAGGCUGCAGCGUGGCCCGCGGUCUGCGCCGCGUGUCCCUCCAUCGUCACCAGAAAAAGCCUUACCCAGGGAGGGAGGGGCAGCAGCCACAGCCCCCACAGCACUGCAGAGCUCCUGGGGCUUGGGGACUGCCCCCCAGCCCAGCACAGAGCAGCCUUGUGCCUCUGUGCAGCUCCAGGACAGAACAGAUUUCUGAGGCAGCUGCCUGACCUAUUUUCAAGCUGCCUGCCAGGGGCCAGGCGGGGAUUCAUCCAGAUGGAGCUGCCUGCAGGUGCUUGGGGCUCAAAGCAUUGCUCUGGGGCUGUGUGCCUUGUUCUGGGAGCUCCAUACACUGCUCCAUGGGCUCUGCCUUGCUCUGGGGCUCUGUACACUGCUCCAAAGGGUCUGUGCAUUGCUCUGGAGCUCUAUACACUGAUCACUGAUCCAAAGGGUAUGUGCAUUGCUCUGAGCCUCUGUAAACUGCUCCAAAGGGUCUGCAUUGCUCUGAGCCUCUGUAAACUGCUCCAAAGGGUCUGUGCAUUGCUCUGGAGCUCUGUACACUGCUCCAAAGGGUCUGUGCAUUGCUCUGGGGCUCUGUACACUGCUCCAAAGGGUAUGUGCAUUGCUCUGGAGCUCUGUACACUGCUCCACGGUCUCUGUGCAUUGCUCUGGAGCUCUCUACAUUGCUCCAAAGGGUCUGUGCAUUGCUCUGAGCCUCUGUACACUGUUCCAAGGGGUCUGUGCAUUGCUCUGGAGCUCUGUACUUCACUCCACGGGCUCUGCAUUGCUCUGGAGCUCUGUACACCACUCCAAGAGCUCUGUGCAUUGCUCUGGAGCUCUGUAAACUGCUUCCAGGGCGUCUGUACAUUGUCAUCUUGCAGUUUCUCUUACAAACUCCUGGUGCUGCUGAGGCUGCUGCCCUCUCCUGUCCAGCUGCUCGCUGCCCACGGCAGCUGCUGCAUCACUGCCACGUCGCAGCCUCCGUCAGCCCUCACUGCCUGUGUCCCCGGGCACACCAGCAUCAGCCAGGGCCCAGCACCGAUGGCCUUUUGCUCCUGCAGCCCCUGGGGGACCCUGGCCACCAGGUGGGGACUGAGGGCCAGGCUGUGUCCCUGCCUGCCACGCAGGAGCCGGGUCCAGAACUGCCACGGGCGAUCUCCUGCUGUACAUAGAUCCUUUCGGGCUGGUUUUUAGCAUUUUCGUGGAUAAUCGGGGUUUUGGUUUGGUUUGGUUUUUUUAAAAGACUCUCUCUAC